UGUAUAGCUCUGUAUAGCUACGUAUACUUUUGUAUAGCUGCGUUUAGCCUUUUAUAGCGCUUUAGAGCUUUGUAUGUAUAGUCUUUGUGCUGUAUGUGUGUGUAGGGUAUUGUAUGUAAAGUAUGGGACAUGACAUGUAUUGAGGACAUAAUAAUUGCCCAUACAUGACGUAUCUACCACAAAUGUAAAGACGUGUCUACGAAGAAAAAAUAUAACCAUGACGAAAUGAAUGGAAUCACUCUAGAUUUUGGCCGAGUUCAGCAAUAAAUCAACCGGUAUAUAAAACGGGAACUGGUUUAAAGAUCAAAAUUUUGUUUGAAAGAUGGAUAACGAUGUUCUUACCACGCUAAAGAUCUUGAUUAUUGGAGAAAGCGGCGUUGGAAAAUCCAGGUACAAAAAUCGUUUCGGAGUCAAUGGCUUCCGAAUUCGAAAUAUGUGGCAGUAACGAACGUGUAUCAUAACAGAGGAUUAUUGUGAAUAGACUUAAAGUCACACGCUCUAAGUUUUAAAUCAAUGCAUUUUUAAAAGUUCUUCCAUGUAGAUUUGUUCUCGAAUCGUUUUGCUGUUGUCUUUCAUGCGACAAUUCGCUGUUAAUCUCAAACGCACAAAUCGGUGCCCUUGUCGUUAUUGUGAAUUCCUUUAUUUAAUGCUCUCUUCUUCUAUUCACAGCCUGCUUCUAAGAUUCACUGAUGACACAUUUGACCCUGACAUUGGAUCCACCAUAGGUAAGAGUUAAAAAGAAAUGAGACCCUGAAAUCUUUACGACACUGAGUCAUUUUGAAAAAUCCAGUUGUUGUGGUUUCAGUUCAGUCAUACAGGGCUGUAUUUUGGCUUUUGUUUAUACUUUGCCUCACAUAAUUCUUGGAAAAAAAUAAGUGAAACACAAAGACAACCCGUCUGCCAUUUCAAAAUACCUUAACCCUUUAACUCCUAAGAGUGAUUGACAUCUAAUUUCUCCUUACAAUAUCACCUCUGAAUCAAACAUUAAGGUCACAAGAAUAACUCAAAUGAUUACAAACUAAAGAAACUCUUGAUUGUUAAGCAAAUUCUCCUUAUCAGCACCUUAGGAAAUGUUGAGAGAACAGUAUGGAGAACAUGGAUAUCCAUGUUAGGCUGCAAAGGUUUAAUUACAAUUUUUUGCACUUUUUACCCUUUCAUCAUUUCCUUUUAGGGAUAGGAAUCAAUUGUUCCUUUGAAGUCUUUUCAUGACUGUAGUUAUAGUUAUACUAUACAUUCAACUCUCCUAAGCAGACACUUUUGGGAAUUAGGGAAAAAGUGUCUGUUCGUAGAGCUGUCUGCCUAUGAGCAUAAAUCACAUAAGUGGACACCAAAGAAACAUAGGGUUGAUGUCUGCUCACAGGAGAGUUAAUUAGCAUGUGUUAAUUGCAUUUUUUUUGGCCAAAUGGAGAUUUGACAAAACAGAUGCCCACUGUUCUGUUGCCCUGUUAAAGGAGAUAUUUUUUGUUGAUUUGAAAAUUAUUUUAUUGCCAAGAGUCAAUUAAUAUGCAUGGGGUGUCCACUUUUAAGAGAACAUAAGCAAAAGAACAAUCUAAUUUUCACUUUAUAUAUACAUAUAUAUAUAAAUUAUAUAUAUAUAUCUUGAUUUUAAUCUAUCCUUGCAGUAGAGUGCUUGAUGCAUUCACAAAGUGUGUUAUAUCUGAAAAUUGAACUAAUCAACAAGACAUAACUUUUCUGUGACUCUGAGUUUCAUGCUUAUGCAAUCAUCACACACACACACACCCACACACAUACAAAACUUUUACACUGUGCCAUUUGGCUAGCUCUUAGGUAACCUUUUACACACAGUUGUUCAAAAGCUUGAAAACUUUACCAACUGAAUGACCUACUAUCUGAUCAAUUGCAUAUCACCAGCAGUCAGCAAUUUAUGGGAUAAACUGUGCUGUCCAGCUCGAAACAAUGGCACCAGGUCAUCAGUUUUUUGUUAUAAAAAAACAAAUACAAUUAUUUCCUUUAUUCUCAUAACCCAAUGUAUGAUCCAGGCAUGAUAUUGGUAGGAAAGAUGGAAUACUAGUUAAUCUAAGGGGUUAAAGGGUCAGGCUAUUUCUGUUAUUGCACGGCAUGUGAUCUUUAUAUUUCAGGGUUCUUAUUUUGAUGAAAGAAUGGUUGUUCAUAUCAUUCUGGUUUGUAGUGACAGUAGUGGAACUUUUCUGUACAGGUGUUGACUUCAAGGUUAAAACUUUGACUGUGGAUGGAAACAAAGCAAAACUAGCAAUUUGGGUAAGAACUGCUGUUGAUGAAUGACAACACAAUUAUAAUUCAUGAUUACAAUCAUUUAGUAUUAUCAACUGAGUUGAAAACGUAAAUUGGCCAUUGUAAAGAGUUUUACCCUGUUAUACUCUCCCACCGAUGCAGCACCACAGUUUCUUUAGAAACUUACCUCCUGUAAUUCACAAUGCUUGAGUGACAGCUAAGUUAAUUAAUUUUGACAAUUGGAUUUAAUAGUUUAAUGGUAAUGAGAUCACUUUUCUGUUUAAGGACACAGCAGGGCAGGAACGUUUCAGAACACUGACUCCCAGCUACUACAGGGGAGCUCAAGGAGUUAUUUUAGGUACUACAAAUAAAAUGAUUUUCACCUCCUCAUUACUUGCUGUCAUCACAGUUGAUUUUGUAGCAUGAGAAUAGUUGACAAAAUUUCCUCAUUGAUACUGACACACAAUAGGUUUCAACUAAAUAGAAACUAUUUAAGCAUUUCUUAACUUUCAAUGGUGAUUUGAUAUUUUUGUUGGUGUCAGAUCAUCACUGAAAGUUAAUUAAUGCUAACAAUGCUAACAAUGCUAAUGGCACAUAUACCACAUUUCCUCUAAUAAGUUCCCAGGCACUUAUUUAAAAUUUUGGCUGUAAGGGUAGGCACUUAUUUGAAGGAUGACACGAAUUUAAGGGGGGUGCCUAUUAAGUUAGCAAAGUAAUAGGGAAAAAAUAGAAAGAACUGAUGUCGCAGAUAAAGGAACUCUGCAAGUACAUGGAGAUAAAAAAAUGGUGAAAGUGGCUUCAGGGAAAGAAACUACUCUCCUGUACUGAUCUUGCUGUAGUUGAAGCUUCAAAAGUUGUAAAUAAACUGUUAACAGAAACAGGUUUUUCUUGUAUCCUUACUACUUAAAAAUGUGGGGGGGGGGGGGGGGCUUUAUUCAAGGGGGGUGCUUGUUUAACUUUAUGGCCAAGGGGGUGGAUGCUUAUUCAGAAAAGGACAUUUUUUAGAGAUGGGCGCUUAUUUGUAAAGGAAAUGCAGUAGUUGGUGAAAGUUCUCAGUGCUUCAUUAUGUUUCUUUUCAAGCACCAAUUUUAACUGUUCAUGAUAGCAUUUCAAGAAUUUGCAUUUUUCCCUUUAGUUUAUGAUACAAGCAGCAGAGAGACAUUUGAGAAAUUGGAAGAAUGGCUCAAUGAAAUUGAAAUGUAUUCAACCAAAAAAGACAUCAUAAAAAUGCUUGUUGGCAACAAAAUAGAUAAGGUACAGUGAAACUUUUGUGCAGUUAUGUUAGACCAGAUGAUUAUUAUCUAAUUUUUAUCAUUAAAAACUGGAGUUUUCUCCCUCAAUUUGAACCUAGAGAUAAAUUGAAUAUCUUACUAACCUUGGUGGUUAAUAUUAUAAGUUAUGGAACCUUGUUUUUUUUUCACUCAGACUUAGACUUGGCAUCAUUUCUCAGGCUGUUGUGUUGAUUAAUACUCCUAUACAUGUAUUUGCUUGGUACAGGAUUAACUGUAAUAGCAUACAGUAAGGUUUUGUGCAUGCUUGAUGUACUAGAAAUUCAGGUUUUACUACUGUGCUUUUUAGGAGGGUCGUGAAGUUGAUAGAAAACAGGGAUUACAAUUUGCAAGAAGACAUUCCAUGUUAUUUAUUGAAGCAAGGUUAGUGUCAGCUUGAGAUAUAAAUAUUUGUUCCACUGCAAUCAAGGAUCAAAUGUUUUUUUUUUUUAACAGCCACCUAUGUAAUGGCACAAGAUGGUUUGGUGAAACAACUAUGAAGAUAAUUGUUCUGGGACUGGAAGAAUGCAAAAAAAAAAUUUAAAAAAGUUGUUAUUUUAUGUUCAAAUGUUUAUACUUUUUAUGAAAAAAAGCCAUAAUUUAAAUUAGAGUAUGUUAUCAAAAUUGUACAGAAAGGUAGUAAAGAGAUUCCUUUAACCCUAUAACUUCCAAGAUCUGAUUGUUAAUUAUUGUGAAUUAGUUGGGAGAAUUUGGUGUCAUACCAUAAUUAUAACUUCUACCUGAUAAGUUUGAAUAUUCUCAUUACCUGUUUGCUGGAUAAUGUAUGGAUAUUAUAAUGAGAAGUUAUAUGUUAAUCAUUUCUGGGAAUUAAAGGGUUAAUUAGUUUUUAGCUGGUGAUUAAAAUGGUAUCCUGCCUUUCAACUAAAAUAGUUGUACAUUGUGUCAUCUAAGUUUUAUUUUUGAUGAAAAAAUCUUUUUUUUUUUUUUUGUAGUGCAAGAACAAAAGAGGGGGUUCAACUUGCUUUCGAGGAACUAGUAGAGAAGGUAUUUAAAUAACUAGGCAAUUGAAAUGUUGUACAAUGUAAUAUUGUGGAAGGCAUAGAGGCUGUAACCCUUUAACUCCAAUGAGUGACCAAGACAGAAUUUCUCCUUACAAUAUCUAUACAAUAUCAUGCAGACAAGUGAGGAGACUAAAGGAAAAUAUCAAUUAUGGGAUUAUUAAUUGAAUAGAUGACAAAUUCUCCAAACCAAUGUAAUGAGAAUUAUUUGACAGUAGUAAGGAGAAUUGCUAAUGAGAUCUUGGGAGUUAAAGGGUUAACUCCCAAGAUCUCACAAGUAAUUCUCCAUACUGUCAGUCAUGCAGGUCUUGUGAUGUUAGUUUGGAGGAUUUGAUAUUGGAUCCACUUGUAAUCCCCUAAUUGAUAUUUUCCUUCAUUCUCAUUGAUCACUGGUCUGCUUGAUGUUGUAUUAUUAUUAUUGUAAGGAGAAAUUCUUUCUUGGUCAUUCGUGGGAGUUAAAGUCUUAAAUUGGUGACUGUUGGGUUCUGGCUUCACAAGCUGCAACAGUUUCCAGUUCUGUAGAGAAUCCUUGAAUUUUUCAUCCCUUAUAUUUUGCCUGGCAGAAAGAAAUUCUAACAACAAAAGCUGCUGUUCAAACAAGAUUUAAAAUAGGAAGAAAGAUUUAAAGGAUUCAUGUUUUUUUUUUCUUUUCUUUUCAAAUAGAAACUAACAGGGAAUUAGGGAUGGGAUUUCUCUGAUGGACUAGUACCUCUUCCAGAGGAAGAAACAAUUGAUAAAAAUUUGCUGCACACAAUUGCUCUCCUGCUGUAGGGUUGAAAGGUGCACCAAGUUUUCCAAUAGUGGUAACCAAAGUAACACCCCAUUUGCUGUCUUUGUACCGGGUAUUUUUGCAAAUGCAUUGCUCAAAUCCCCUGCUUCCAUCUACCUCCCAGGGGAAACUAGGAUUUCAAAUGAUUAACCCUGCAUAUUUUCUUUUUUCAUAACUCUUUUCUGUUUUGUUUCCAUUAUACAGAUUAUCCAGACUCCAGGUUUAUGGGAAAAGGAUGGUGCCACAGGAGGAGUAACCCUUACAACAGCAGGGUCACAGGUCAUUUCAGGUUGCAGUGGAAUGUGUUUACUUACAUGACAACUGAAGUUUUAUUUUAAGUGCGUCUUGUAAAUAGAGAAUUUAGAAGAAAUAUUUCAUUGUAUUCCAUUUAGUUAUUCUGGAAAUGAAAUAGAACCUUAUGGUACUUUCCAAUUCUAAAUUUACCCACUGAACUUUAAAUUAUGUUAACCAAUAAAUAUGAUCAUUUUUUACAGUUUUAAAGGAAUCUAGACUUGCCCUUUAAUUAACAAAUGAAGAAGCCUUGACUGUGCUUUGUUUUGUUGUAAAGCACGCAGGACGCAGCUAGAGCGUGAAAGAAGUGUAUGGAGAAACACAAGACCUAGUCAAGUGUUUCUCCCCACUUCUUGACAAGAGUGAAUGGCUAUGGAUAGUUGAUGUGAUUGUUGUAAAUGAGAUCCAACAGAGAAACUUCUAUUUUCUUAGAAUGAGAUAUUGAAAGUGUAUGAAAUUUAAGGGUGUACCCUGCUACCCCUCACUUCCCAGCAGAGGUCAUCAUGAAACAUCAUUUUCUUGCAAUUUUUAUUCACAUGGGAGGUAGUGGGAACUAGAAAUGUUUUCAAUAGAAGGAAUUGCUUUGAUCCUACACAAAAUUGGUAGUUUUAGUCAAGAAUUCCUUUGUUAUUGUCUAGGAGAAACAGCUUUUAAAUCUUGACUUUGGAAGAGACUCAGGGUUUAUAGUAAACAGUACAAACAAACAAUUGUUGUACACUGUGAUCCAUGCAGGCAUGCUAAGAGUUCUCCAUACUGAAUAUUUCCUUAGCUUUUUACAAUUUCUUCAGGAUAACCUGUAUUGCAGGCAGACUAUUUAAACCUGAUGAUCAAGUCCUGAAGAUUUGAUCGUUUAAGAGGAAAAUUGGGUGUUUUCUUUUUAAAAUGCAGCUGAUGUUGAACAAAUACAACAAACUUAUACUCUUCUGGUUAACUUCCAAGAGUCUUAUUUGUCCAUAUUAGCAACUCUAACACUUCUGCCAAUUUUUUGUCAUAUUAGCUACUUUGUAAAGCAAAUAAAUGGGAUGUAUUUGGUC